CUCGCGUUGAACAAGAGAAGAAAAGAGCGAACAGCUAUCCUGACUGCCUGGCUCGGUGGAAAGAAGCGAAAUUUUACCCAAGAGAAUUGAAAUAACGCAGAGCCAUGCUGUCCUAUUGGCUGAUUCUUGCUGUUCUUGGUGCAUUAAAUGUGGCUGCUGACGCGACCAAUUGCUGGCAAAAUACUGUCACUAUUUACUAUAAUGUUGGUCCAUCAAUACUGCAACUACAACAGAGAGAGGCAGAUGUCAUUAUGAACCAGGUGUUAGGCGUUGCUAAGACAAAGAUAAAGAACUGUAAUGGUCUAACGCUUAUUCUUAUCAAGACUACCAUAACAACACCAUCUAACAACUACGCCAUUGUUGGUCAGUUUGGAGUUCUUUAUGGUAACAUGGACGCUUCUCAAAAGCAAAMGUCUUUUACCUGCCUUGGGMAUSAGCUUAUCUAUUCGRMSGUCAUUCAAAACCCAGAUMUGUAUACUAACCCCAUAGGGAGCAACAACUGGCCUGACAGAGCUUCACAAUCAAACCCUCAGGAUACMACAUGCGUUAUUGCUUCAAAUGUUUCGUCGUUACUACAGCUCUCACAAAGGACUGCAUCAGUAUCGACAAAAACAUUUACACCGACACCAACAUCAACUUUGGCAUGGCUCACAUCGACAACGCUAUUUCCAUCGUCAUCAAUAGAUGASGGACUGACAGUGUCACCCUCACCAUCAUCAUCGCCCACGUCAUCGUCAAGAGACGAAUGGACAAUUGYCAUUCUUMCRACGUCUGCAUUAACAUCAUCGUCAUCGCCCACGUCAUCGUUAAUAGUUGAAACAAACUAUCCAACAGUUGAUACAAUGAUAUCGCCCUCGUCAACGWCUGACUACUUUUCGUCAUCAACAUUAGCACCAACCACCACCSUGUAUAGSAGUACUGAAAGUAUGUCUAUUCUUAAAUUAAUUUAAACUCAUUUAGC